AUGUCUGGCUUCGAGGUCGCGGGCAUAGUACUAGGCGUCUUGCCGCUCGCUAUAAACACCAUCAACUCUUAUCGGACCACCCUUUCAUCGAUCAAAACGGCACAGAAUGACCUUAAUUGGCUGCGGCGAGAUCUCGAAACAGAGCAGGUUCGCCUGCAGAACACCUGUGAACUUCUUUUGCACGAUCUUGUGCCCCUUUCCAUGGUUGAUACCAUGUUAAAGGAUCCAUUUGGGGCCGACUGGGCAAAAUAUGACGAUAAACUUCGAGAACGACUUUGGCUUUCAUGGGGAACGUUCCAGGCGCAGGUUCAACUCUUAUCCACUGCGGCGACAGAGUUAGAAAAGAAGUUAUGUGUAGAAAGAAAUGGUGCGAUCAGACUCAAUGACUACAAGAAGAUACUACGAGAGCUCCGUCAUAAGACGUCCUUCACGCUGAAGAAGGGAGACUACGAAGCUCUGCUUUCAAAGAUCAAGUCAAGCAAUACUGUACUCCACGGGCUCGCACAACAAGAUAUCAACAUGAAGUCGAAUAGACAGCAUCGAUCUCAAGCACGUGUCAUAAAGCUUCUACGUGGGCUGUCGGAAAGUAUUUUCAACGCAAUGCGUAGUGCCGUAACUUGUGACUGCGCCGACGCCCACAAAAUCGGUAUUGAAUUGGCUACGCGACAUGCGGUUCUAUUGCCAGACGAUGAGGAAGAGGAAGUUGCGGCGAAAUUUCUCUACAACGUUGCAAUCGACUCAGUCAAGGCGCCUACCGAAUGGAACCGGGCCAAGCUUCAACUUGACAAGUCCACCCCAGUACCAGAGAUCAUAGCAGCUCUGCCCGACCCUGUCUUCAUGGCACCCGAAAAGAAGCGAAAGAAAGUUGCUUGGCGUGCUGUCAUCAGCUCUUUCGAAUCGCAACCGCAAACGGUGCCUGUUCAAAUCCAAAUGAAAACGUCUGAGACGAUCUCGACGUUGAGAGUCGACAGUCCAUGCCAAUCCCAGGCCACGUCGUUGAUCUCGAAUUUGUGUAAAGUUUUUCACGGGAAACGCAAGGCGCUUUCACAAUCUGAAAGCUACGGACAUAUAUCGACUGGGCAGCGUUGCUUCCGGCUAUCGCCCCCAGUUGAAGAACCCUCCAAGUUCAGCCACACCGUCACCUUGCGUGAUAUUCUUUCUGGCCUGACUGGUCUUUCAGAGAAGACAAUAGUACCUUUCGGCUACGAGGAGAGGCUUCAAUUGGCAUUGACUCUGUCCAACAGCGUUUUGCACACGUACAAUACACCAUGGCUUGCCAAGAUGUUGACUCUCGAUGAUAUUUCUUUCCUUUGGGGCGCUGAAGCACAGAUCCAUCAAGAAUGGUGGAAGAACCCUUAUCGACCCUUCGUGACACAAGCCAUACCUCUUUCAAGCUGGGAGGCAUCAUUCAUUCGAGUAGUGGAUUGUCCACGCAUGAUCAACACAACUAUUCUCUCCCUCGGUGCGCUACUUGUACAGAUCAUCACAGGGAGUGUGGAGGAAAGCCUCGAGCUACCUACUACCAUGAAAAUGGAAGACUUCUACGCCCGGCGUGAAAGUGCCAGCCGCCUAGAAGCAAAGGUGAUUGAGAACGGCGGGCCAAACUACGCCGAAGCCGUAAGCUGGUGCUUUGAUCAUGCGAUUGGUCCGUCAGGAUUUCAAAAUGAAAAGUUUUGUCAGGAGUUUUAUGAGGUUGUCAUUGCGAAAUUGGAAGAGGACGCUGCCCUUCUAGAGGAACAGAGCCGUCUAUGA